CUCUCUAUAUAUAUAUAUAUAUAUGGUGGCCAGUGUAACACUUCUUCAUCUAUCUUGUAGACGUGCUUACUAGUAAGGAUUGUUGUUCAUUUGUUGUAGGAGGAGAAGGAGUUGAGUUAAUUAAUGGAAGCUGAAGUGGGAGAUAAUUGGGAGGAGUGGGAGAAGAAAAAACAAGAUUUGUUGAAAUUUUGCAUGGAAGGCAACUGGGGAAUGGUUGUAGAUAUGUAUGACAAAUAUCCAAGCCUUCAAAAUGCCAAGCUUAGUACAUCAGGGGAGACAGCAUUGCAUAUAGCUGUCUGGGAAAGCGCAGAAGAUAUAGUUCACAGGCUAGUUGAAUUGAUUGAUAAACAGAGCGAGAGGAGAUGGCAAACACCAAGCGCUCUAUGGAUACCAAACCAUCGAGGGAAUACGCCACUCCAUCUAGCAGCAUUGAUUGGAAAUGUUGGCAUGUGCAUGUGCAUUGCUGGAAAGAAUGAAGAGCUCCUGGACCUUCGCAACAAGGCAGGGGAAACUCCUCUCUUCUUGGCUGCUCUUCGUGGUAAAAAGGACGCUUUCCUUUACCUCCAUCAGAUAUGCGGCGCAGAGAGACAGUAUGAGUACCAUCGAAGGCAUAGAGAUGGCCAAACCAUUCUUCAUGUUGCCAUCAUUGGCGAAUACUUUGAUUUGGCAUAUGAAAUAAUUUGCAAGUAUGAUGACCGACUUAUCUAUGCUGUCAACGAGAAAGGGUGCACUCCACUCCAUCUCCUGGCCAGUCAACCAGAUGUAUUCAGAAGUGGUUCUCGCCUAGGCGGAUUCCUCAGCAGAAUUAUUUAUCACUGUUUACCUGUGGAAAAACUCAAGGAAACACCCCCUGAUUACACUUUCCAGCCAACUUGUACAGACAUGCAUGCACAUUUAUCUCCAGUGAACAAGACACGUAUCAAUUUUUUUCAACCAUUGUUGAAACUGGUGCAGAACAUGAUUAAAAGAUCAGGUUUACAUGUGGAGAAACCGAUGAAUGAACCGGUACCUGUCGGCAAUUCCUUGCCAACUUUCAAAGGAAAAAUGAAGCCUGAGAAAUAUCCAGCGAACUACAAGACAUGUAUCAAUUUUGUUCAACCAUUGCUGAAAAUGCUGCACAACAUGAUCAAAAGACCAGGGAAACCAUCAAGCAAUGUUGAAGCUGAAGAAGGACGUCCUCUACUUUUCCCCCCAAAUUAUCACACAAGUAUCAUGAUCAUCAAAACUAUAUGGAGAGCAAUGCUGGUCAUCCUUGAUUUAAUAGGAUUAAUAGACAUACAAAAGUUACAAGAAAAGAAAGAGAAGAACAUAUGGUCUGUUCAGAUCAUGGACCUUAUGCUUCUUAAAUCUUCUCACCGUAACUAUUAUAGCAGUUUUAGUGGAUGUCAUCCAGGGCUAAUGAAAGAUUUUCCUGAUAGUUACGAGCCAGAGAAUACAGAUUGGUACACUGCGAUUUUGAAAGAAGAAUUGAGCUCGAAACAGCCUAUCCAAGGAACGGAGGCACCGAUACUACUUGCAGCGAAGAAUGGUAUAACUAAAAUGGUUGAGCGAAUCCUAGAUGUUUUCCCCAUGGCCAUUCUGGACAGGGACUCAGACGGCAAGAACAUAGUGCUUUUGGCAGUCGAAAAUAGGCAAACCAAACUGUACGAGCAAUUAGUCCAGAAUAUCCUUUUUAAUGAAAGUGCAUUUCGUGCUGUUGAUAAUAAAGGGAACAGUGCCUUGCAUCUUGCUGCAAGAAUAGGUGAUUUUCAGCCUUACCCUUUUGCUGCACUGCAAAUGCAAUGGGAAAUCAAGUGGUUUAAGUACGUGAAGUAUUCUGUGCCGCAAGAUUUCUUUAUGAAUCUCAACAAUGAAGACAUGACACCCAAGGAGGUCUUCAGGACGUCACACAAAGAUUUGGUAAAAGAAGGCGCCAAAUGGCUAACAGCCACCUCCAAUUCAUGCUCGUUAGUUGCAACACUGGUCACAACCGUGGCCUUCGCCACAACAGCCACCGUGCCAGGCGGCCUGAAAGAAGGCAGCAGCAGCCCAAACCUUGGGCGGCAUCCAGCCUUUAUUGUCUUUGCAACUUCAUCACUAAUUGCUCUCUCAUUUUCGGCCACCUCCGUCAUCGCAUUUCUGUCCAUACUUACCUCUAGAUACCACCAAAAGGAUUUUCAAAGUGACUUGCCAAGAAAACUCUUGUUGGCUUUGACGUCUCUUUUUAUGUCCUUAGCAGCCAUGCUGUUUUGCUUCUGUGCAGCCCACUUCUUUCUGGUUAAGGAUAAAUUUGAACAUACUUCAUAUCUGGUGAUAUAUGCAAUAGCAUGUCUGCCGAUAGCAUAUUUUGCUAUGAUGCAGUUUCCCUUCUACUUCGCUCUUGUACUCCAAACCUUUAAGAGGGUGCCUCAACGUACGCCUUUUACAUAAGGGCUGGCCACGUUUUCUUUUUGUUUGCUUCCGUCCUUCUGAUUGGUUUGUGUUUUUUAUUAUUUUCUUGUGUAUUUAAGCAAAUAAAAUUGAAAAUAAUCAUUCCUCCUUGCA